UAUACCGGUCCAAGGUAAGACCAGUUCAAAUUUGAAUCCCGAUCUGGUCGGGCGACCUGUGCACACGCGAGAGAAACUCCGCCUCCACCCUGAUCCCGUCGCGGCCGGAGAUGCAGGUCCACGGCGGCGAACAUGGCUUCACUCACCUCCUCCUAAGCAUGGGAGUCCCAUCUCUAGAUUGGCCGAGGAUAGAUCCACGGGAUGCAAUCAUCACGGAGGAAGAGCGCAGCAGCGGAAGCCGGAGCCUCGAUUCAGGGUGCUCCCGUAGUAGCGGCGGAUUUCACGGUGGUGGUGGGGACGAAUUAGGUCCAGGAGAGUGGACCUCCAGUUCAGAUCUCGUCGAGUCGCCGCCAUUGCUGGGUUCGGGGAACCAAAGUUUAUUUACCCGCAGCGGGCACAGUUCUGAGGAGGAAAUCUCGACGUCUAAGUAUGCCACUCCGUCACAGUCCACACAUCCCGCCCACAAGAGGCCAUAUGAAUCAGCAGCUGAGGAUGACCCCCUGGACGAUGCAACAACCAGUCCACCCGUUUCGCCUAAGGAACCUGACACGUGGGUGAAGAGGCCACGAUACGGAGAAAUCCCUGAUUUCCGAACAGCGAAGAAUGGGAGGAAGAGCACUCUUGAAUUAAAACUAAGAAAGUUUGGAAAUAGGAACUCAGAUGAGAUUGUAGUACCUGAACCGGGUAUGGAGUUUGAUUGUUUACCAGAGGCAUUCGACUUCUUCAACCUAUACUCCUGGGAGGUUGGUUUCGGCAUCAAAUAUGGGGCGUCCAGAAGGAACAAACAGGGGAGCUUGACGAUGCAGGAAUUCCUGUGUGGAUGCGCGGGGUCACCAAGACAUGAUAAAACAAAGUCAUCGGCAUGUGGAUGCAAAGCCAUGAUCAGGUUGAGAAGAACCGACGACCAUGGGUGGUUUAUUCAUGUGUUUCGGAAGGAUCACAAUCACAGUAUGUCAGUGUCAUGUGGAGAGAAGAUGCAGUGGCCAUCGCAUAAGAACAUCGACCCACACACAAAGGCCCUUGUCAGGAACCUUAGGGACAACAACGUCGGACUCAGCCAGGUGUAUAUAGUCAUUGGGAGUUUCUUCGGAUAAAUGGACAACGUUCCGUUCAAUAAGAGAUCUCUCAGGUCUCUGUGUGCCAGCAUCAGUAAAGACCACUCCAACGAUGAUGUUCGGAAAACUUAUGAACUGUUUUCGGAGAUGAAGAAGAUAGAUCCGAACUUUGUUGACAGCUGCCAGAUUGACAAGGACGGAAGGAUCAGAGCUCUUAUGUGGACCAGUGGGAAAAGCCGUAUGCAGUACAAGCAUUUCGGAGACGCAAUAACAUUUGACACAACAUACCGGACAAAUCGGUAUGACAUGCCCUUUGGACUUUUCGUGGGUGUGAACAACCACUUUCAAAGCAUAAUACUGGGAGGUGUACUGCUGACCAACGAGACCAGCGAAGCGUUCGAGUGGGUAUUCUCUGAAUUUGUCAAGCUUAUGGGAGGAAAAGCUCCCGCAACAAUAUUAACUGAUCAGUGCCGGGCUAUGGAAAUUGCAAUUAGCAUUGUUCUCCCACACACUACACACAUGUGGUGCAAGUGGCACGUGCUGCGCAAGGCAAAGGAAUUCCUUGGGCCAGCUUAUGCAAAGAAUGCUGGUUUCCGUGACGAGUUGCACAAGAUCUGCAACCACAUGCUUACUGUUGAUGAAUUUGAGUCUGCAUGGGCACAACUGAUAGAAAAGCAUGGUUUACAUGAUCACCCUUUCUUAACCCAGAUUUACGAUGUCCGGAUGAAGUGGGCGAAACCAUAUUUCUCUGGCGUAUUCUGUGCCAGGAUGACUAGCACUCAACGGUCGGAGAGUGCGAACCACAUGCUGAAGAUCUAUGUCCCGCCUGGUUCCAGUAUGAAUAUGUUCGUAAAAGGGUACAACAAGCUGCAGUUCCAGAGAGAUGAGGAUGAGAAUUAUGAGGAGAAGCGCAGCAGACUGGGCAGGGUCUUGCUGAACAGCGGCGGGCCAAUUGAAAAGCACGCAAGCAAGAUAUACACGCCAAAUGUGUACAAUCUGUUCGAGGUGCAGAUUUUCCAGUCGGCUUCUUAUACCGCAGAAGAAAUCAUUCGGGGCUCAAGGUAUAUCGUUGUCCACUUCGAUGCUGAAAAAAGGGAGAGAUGGUCCCGUGGAUCGUUUGAGGUCCGGAGGGAUCCACAAAAAGAUUUCUUCCGCUGUGAUUGUGGGAUGUAUGAGCAUAUGGGGAUCAUAUGUAGUCAUGUUAUCAGGGUACUGUCUUAUCUGGGAAGAACUGAAAUUCCCGAGUCUCACGUCAUGCAGAGAUGGACCAAGAAUGCCUGCAGGGAUCUGCCUGAGCACCUUCGUAUCUAUCAGAAAGACAGCCCGGCAAUGCAGUCUACUAGUUUCAGACACACAGCCCUGUAUAGGACUGCAAUUGAAAUGGUGCAAUUGGGUGAUUCAAAUCCCGAGUCUUUCGAAGUGGCCAUGAGCAGUAUGUUGGAUGCAAUUCCCAAGAACACUGAAGCGAGCAGGAUUUGUGAUGGCCUUGGGCUGGAACAGAGGAUCCAUAAAUCAGGCAUGGGUGAUAACAGCAAUGUCAUUUCAGAUCACAUAGACGCCCAAAGAUGGAAUAGUCUGAAGCCAGAUAUGAUUGCUCCAUUCAGGAAAACUGACCUAGGGCGCCCGACAUCUGCAAGAGCCAAACCUGGGUACGAGGUUAGCGUGCCAAGGACAAGGUUUUGCACUAUUUGUCGCAGCAGGGGACACAACUCUGGUACGUGCCCAUCUAAUGACAAGAACAACAAGAAGCCGAGGCGGGAAUCACGGUGUUCUAACUGCGGCAUAACAGGACACAAGAAGAAUGCCUGUGUCUCACGAGGAUACAUGGUGAUGAACCAGUGAGAUCCUCAUCUAGCUUAGUAUGCAGAUUAACACUCCUCGUGUUCAUUGUACUCAUUCUUUUUCGGAACAACGAUGUCGUCUGGAUGCAUCUCCUUGAUGGAGAGUACCAACAUUUUUCCAAAGUAAUACCAUACGAUUUUCUGGGGACAAUUGGUUCAUCAGUUUCAGCAUUCAGGUCAGGUUUUUGCAUGUCCCAAUUGUAUCCAUCUGUAACGCAACGGGAGCCUUGCUGUCAAUCACGAAAUGGAUGUACUUGCAAAGUUAAAAUUUCUU